AUUAAUUUUUUUCAUAUUGUACGAUACAAAAUUAUCUCAUACACACAUAAAAUGAUAUAAGACCCAUAUUUUCUUUUUUUCUCUUCUAUUCACAUAGCUCCACGUGGAUCUCACAUUCUUUUAUGUAUUUUUACGUGUAUAAGAUAUAAAAUUAUCUCAUAUGAAUAACAUUAAUCCUUAAAUAUAUAUGAUUUCAAGCAUUUUUCAAUUAGCCCCAACCAACACUCCCUCCUAACAAAUGCACUGUCACUCUCUCUUUCUCUCUCCAUUUUCCUCUAAAUUCUCAAUCAGAUCUCUUUUUUCAGCUCACACUUAGCUUACACACAACACACACACACACACACACACACGAAUGCUGCUGCCCAAUAAAACAAUCACCACAAUAAUAGCAACAUAAACGCGAAAACGGCGUCGUAAUGAGGUGCAAGAAACACAUACCAGACCUUAGCAGCACCGUCGGCGUCUGCGCCACCUGUCUCCGGGAGCGCCUCAUAGCCCUCAUCGCCGCCCAGACGCAAGCCCAAGCCCAAUUAACGCGAGUUAUCUCACGCGCCUCCGAUGAAUGUUCCAUAAACUCUGACUCCAACCCUCCGCCACCGCUAAUCUUCCCUCGUUCUGUCUCGCCUUACGUCUCUCGCCGGAAAUCUGACUACGCCGCCGCGUGGCACGGCUCCAGCGACAGCCGUGAUCGGCUGUUCUACAGCACUCCACAACUCGGUCCAACCUUCUACGGUGGCGAUUGCGCCGCGAAUUCCGCGUGCAACGCUAGGCCAUUCAAGAAGCGUUUGAGCAAGUUCUGGAAUUUCUCGAACCUCUUCAGGUCCAGAUCAGAGAAGUUCCAAUCCGAUCCAUCGUGCGAACAAUCAUCAUCAUCAUCAUCGCCUUCGUGGUUCUCAACGUUUUUCCCUGAUCGCCGGAAGAAUCGGGAUCGGGUAAAAAUGACGGAGGAUUCCACCGUCAGAGCACCUCGGCGACACCGGCAAACGGAUCGGGGAAUGUCACCGGUGAGAACCGAGGAUUUCGCCGAUGAAUGUGAUCAGUCUCAGUAUGGCAGUGGCUACUUGUCGGAGCUUUCUCCUUGGUGGCGGAGAACGCCGUCGGCUACGGCGCCUUCGGCACGGCGCUCGCGGUUAGGUCAUAAGAAGAGCGUGUCAGGGUCGGGUAUGGGUUUUUGCCUGAGUCCUCUGGUUCGGGCCAGUCCGAACUGUAGGUUGAACCACAAGGGAUUUCCGCCGGAGAUGGCUGCGGCGGUGGAGAUUAGGGCGGCGGCGAAGCCCCACCUCUCGGCAGCGGCGUCGUUUUGCGCAAACCGGUCCAGGAAGCUUGCGGAUUUUGGACGAGUCAACCAGAACCGUUGAUAUUGUUUACUUUUUACACGAUACGGUGAUUUUAAUUUUUAUUCUCUUUUCGUUUGCGGCUUUGUGCACAUUCUUAAUUUCUUUUUACCAAAGAAAAAACAAUUUUUUUUUUUUUUUCCUGGGGGUUGCGUUGAAUUCUCUUUGUACACAUUCAUCAGAUGGAACAGAAAGUUUCGCUUU